UCAGUUUGUUAAAUCGCCUCGAACGGUUCGGAACGCGCGCGCUCGAAGAGAUCGGACGGCCAACUCCCCGGAAAGAAAGAAAAAUAGUGGAAGGAGGCGCCCCCACAAGGCGAACGAGUGUAGUGUAGUAGUGAAAUAGUCCUCGAUUUAGUUUACCCCUUUUCCGCAAUUUUCACCAAGCCCGAAACAUUGGAUUUCCUGUGAUUUUCCGACUUUUCCUGCGACCAGACUCCCCAAAAUCCCCAGUAUCGGAACUAUGUUUAUGGGCAGAGCGCAACGAGGCCGCAGGAUGAGAGAAUAGCCAUGAAUCUGAUCAACAUGGACUCGGAAAACAGGGUGGUGCUCAAUGUGGGUGGCAUUAGGCACGAAACCUACAAGGCCACGCUGAAGAAGAUUCCGGCUACGCGAUUAUCGCGAUUAACAGAGGCGCUGGCCAACUAUGAUCCGAUACUGAAUGAGUACUUCUUUGAUCGGCAUCCGGGCGUCUUCGCACAAGUGCUCAACUAUUACAGAACUGGAAAGCUGCAUUAUCCCACGGAUGUGUGCGGUCCGCUGUUUGAGGAGGAAUUGGAGUUCUGGGGCCUAGACUCGAACCAAGUGGAGCCCUGCUGUUGGAUGACCUACACACAGCAUCGCGACACCCAGGAAACCCUAGCCGUACUCGAUCGUCUCGAUCUGGAUACGGAAAAACCGUCCGAAGAGGAAUUGGCACGCAAAUUCGGCUUCGAGGAGGACUACUACAAAGGCACAAUAUCCUGGUGGCAGGAAAUGAAGCCGCGCAUUUGGUCCUUGUUCGAUGAGCCCUACAGUUCCAAUGCAGCCAAGACUAUUGGCGUGGUUUCGGUGUUCUUCAUCUGCAUUUCGAUCCUGUCGUUCUGCCUGAAGACCCAUCCCGAUAUGCGGGUACCCAUCGUCCGGAACAUUACAGUGAAAACUGCGAAUGGAAGUAAUGGCUGGUUUUUGGACAAAACGCAGACCAAUGCGCACAUAGCCUUCUUCUAUAUCGAAUGCGUGUGCAAUGCCUGGUUUACCUUUGAAAUAUUGGUGCGCUUUAUCUCAUCGCCGAACAAGUGGGAGUUCAUCAAGUCAUCUGUUAACAUCAUAGACUACAUAGCGACGCUUAGUUUUUAUAUCGAUCUAGUGCUUCAGCGGUUCGCAUCGCACCUGGAGAACGCUGACAUCCUCGAGUUCUUCUCGAUCAUCCGCAUCAUGCGUCUGUUCAAGCUGACGCGCCACUCGUCCGGACUGAAGAUCCUGAUCCAGACGUUCCGGGCCUCGGCCAAGGAGCUGACCCUGCUGGUGUUCUUCCUCGUCCUGGGCAUCGUGAUCUUCGCCAGCCUUGUCUACUACGCGGAGCGCAUCCAGCCCAAUCCGCACAACGACUUCAACAGCAUACCGCUGGGCCUGUGGUGGGCCCUGGUCACAAUGACCACCGUCGGCUACGGCGACAUGGCCCCCAAAACCUACAUCGGCAUGUUCGUGGGCGCCCUCUGCGCCCUGGCCGGCGUACUAACCAUCGCACUGCCAGUGCCCGUCAUCGUCAGCAACUUCGCCAUGUACUACUCGCACACGCAGGCCAGGGCCAAACUGCCAAAGAAGCGGAGACGAGUGCUUCCCGUCGAGCAGCCGCGCCAGCCCAGACUGCCAGGUGCCCCUGGUGGUGUCAGUGGUUGCGGUACCCCGGGCUCGGGUCCCCACUCCGGUCCCAUGGGAUCCGGCGGUACUGGACCACGUCGCAUGAACAAUAAAACAAAGGACCUGGUCAGCCCCAAGUCAGAUGAAUAUACAACAAUGAUUGGCAAACCGCGCGAUGGCAAAAAGAGCAGGCUGCUCUAAGCCAACAAACACAACAGCAACAACAUGAACCACGAUACGACAACAACCACAACAGAACCAGAUGAAGAACCCAAGAACUCCCCAUACCAUUACUUCCAAGCUAGAAAUUGCAAUGCGAUGAUGAUGAUACUUUCUGUAUAAGAAUUUGGCAAACUGAUCUAUGAGUAAACGAAGGAAAAGUUGAGAGUAAAAGAAAACGCAACCCAGGGACUGGAUAAAGAUCAUAUAGCGGAUAUAGACCAAAUCGGAUUGUGUUGCUCAACUUUUCGCAGGUCCGCUGGGCGCAAGCAUUGUGGCCAUGAGUCCCCGGACAAUGCUGGAUCUCAAUCCUGCCCUGGCGAUGGGCAAGCCUACGUUUCAGCCCCGUAUACCCACCCCCCUGGCAGCCACGCCCCCUCCCCCCGUGAGUUCCGCUGGGGGGAUGACAGCGUCUGGAAUUGGAACUACUUCAGCCACUGGAGCCACUAGUGCACCACAACCAGCAACACCACUACCCAGCAUUGCGGUGUCCACCACAGCGAGUGUGGGCAAGGAUUUGGGCAUCUCGACCACCACCACCACGGCCCAGGAGACCAGCAAGAAGGCCUUCCUCUAAAGGAGCAGCCCAGCCAAGGAUUCAGCCACCUGCUAUUUAUAUUUAUCCACGAUCCCCAUAUCCUCCAAUAAGCAAUAUCUAUUCGAUGUCAUACAGAGCCUUCGCAUACGUAUUCACUAAGAACAAAGAUGGUGUGUUUCAAAGUUAGCAAAAGGAUCCUAACCUACUCGUAUCACUUGAGAUCGUCUUUGUUUUCCUCAUAUCAUCACACACUGUGUUUCGCAAAGCCUCAUAUCGAAAAAUAUCGAAAUGAAUAUCAUAUAUUCACGAACGAGUCUACAAUGGAUCAGAAUUAGCUGGAGAUCAAUCUUAAAUCAAAUAUCGAUUGUGAUGCUAUAUUAUGAAAAGUAUUCUUUGAUUUCAGAAGGGGUUUAGGAUAUUACUCUAUAUAAGCCAUUUGACUGUUAUUAUAUAUUAGUUGCUUACUUUUAUAUAUCGAAUCCUAUGUAAUAUCUCACACUGAAAUGAAAAGGCCAAUAUUAAAGCAAUACUUUGGUUCAAGACCAAUUAUACACCUAGCUAAAAAUUACCAUUCUGUUUAAUCCAGCAAUAAAAUAUGUUUUUAACCUUAUAUAUUCGUACUCUAGUAAUGAUCUAUCCAUCUCUGAUACCUAGACUCGCAAUUUGUGUUGACCAUAUCACGACAUACCUAUACCUAUCAAUAUCGAACCUAAGCAUAAGCAUUUGCUAAAUAUAGAUAAUCCAAUUGCUUGACGCCAACAAUUUAUCAUCGAGAGUUAACCAAGACAGAGCGGAAACCAUGUUUUUAACCAUACAAAGUGUUUUUACCGAUUGCAAGCUUGCUAACGAUCCAUUUUUCUAUAUAAGCCAUAGAUAUUAAAUCGACAAGCAGUGUAAAUAAUCCAAAAUGCUUUACAACUCGGUUUGCCAGUUCCUUAUGCGUUGUGUAAAGACUCUACUGCCCCCAAUCAGUUCUCGUGGGGCAGGGGCAGUUCGGUUGAAAGCUUUAAUUUGAUAUAUAUUUACUAUAUAGAGGGGGAAUCCAACUCAAACGCGGUUUGAGAAGCUUAAUUAAACAGAAACCAAUCAAAAAGUACAUCUACUUUUUUAAAAUUCAUUCGGGCCCAGCGCACGUGUUGACUUCAACUUUUUCCCGAACUAAAAAUAGGAAAGGUGCUGAUUUCUUUAGCGAAAGACGCAAAAGUUUGCGGGGAAAAAAAUUGAAGCCAAAGAAAAACAAAUGAAAUUUUCCAACUGUUGGCACUUUUCGCUCAUCACUCACUUACAUGCUGGGAUUACUCGGUAAGCUGGGAGUAAAAUCGCUUCUUAUAUUUUUCCAGCCCGAAAAGUUGGCUCACAUAUCAACAAGCUAGGGAAACUUAAAGAAAAUUUCAAAUUUCCGUCAGUUAAAAUGCAAAUUAUUUCUAUUAAAUUUUGUUUGGUUCUCCGCAAGCAACGACUUCCCUGAAUAAAUGCAAAACAAACAAAAAAAUCCAGAAGCGGCAGGGAAUUCCUUACAGUUCCUUUCAGUUAACUUGAAAUUGUUAAGAAAGUUUACAAAUUGCUGUGGGGUUAAGUGGGUGGAUUUAGUCCAAAAACUCACAGGGCUGGUUAAAAAAAAAAAAGCAAACAGGUUAGCAAAUUGUUUUUCCCCAAUUUUCCUUUGAUUUCACUUGCGCAAGUCAUUAGCUAAUUCUCUUGUACAUUUUGAAUAUAUAUAUAUACAUAUAUCUCUCUCAGCAGUCAUUUUGCCCACAUAAUUGUAAGAAUAAACAUGAUAAUUACUGAAAACAAAAAGUGGAACAAAAAGAAGCGGAAGAAUAAGAUGCAAAACUUAAGCAACAUUAAGAUCGAAGAUGGGCAACAAAUAAACGAUGUUUGGGAAACAUUUGUUAAGUUUUUAUAAUGAACAAAGCAUUAAUAAUAACGAAAUUAAUAUUAAAUAUUGCAAGCUAUAGGAAAUGGAUACAAACAAUUGUUUAUAUCGUUUCGUUUUCUCGCUAUGAUUUCGAAACAGUUUUUUAAUUGUAUAGUUAAGCAAAUUGUAUACUAUUUGAACUAAACAAAACAAAUUGUUCUCUCAAUAAUUCUUGAACAAAGAAAAUUAAGCUAAUUAUAUAUACAUUUAUAUAUAUAAUUGAACAAAUAUAUAUAUAUAUGAAUUU